UGUCAAAAAUCGUAUUCUGAGGGAUAUUCAGUUCACAAAAGGGCACAGAGUUUUCACGGAGUUACAUGGAUGGAUACGGAGACGUAAAAUAAAGAUUGACAACUCCCGUAAAAGCUUGUGUCUGACUGAAUUUAUUGGGUUUUCGUGAUCGACAACAGUUACAGUGAAAACUCUCCCACAGUGAAUCCCUACCAGAAGAUUCCUUGUUCUGCCGAGACUGGGAAGCUACAGAGACACCUGUUAAUCAUGACUGAAGAACAACCUGCUCCGCAGAAGCGACAGUCAGUCCCCACAGAAAGGAGCAUCGAAUACCAGCUCGAUCUGAAGACUAAGAACUUCAGAAGCAGUGUGACCUCCUGGCGACGUAAGGCCAACAAGCUAAGAGCUGCACUAAUAGAUGAUGUUGGUUUUUCUGAUGUCAAGGCUCUUCGAGAUGGGUUACAAGUACUGAUGGACACUGUCAUCAAUGGGCAGGAGAACCUCGCUGAGUUACGAUUGUCCUCCGAGAUAGCUGAUGAUAGUGAGGACAAAUUAGAGGAAGUUGAGAAAGAACACAGUUCAAUCAUGAAAAGCACUCUUGACAGAAUGAUUGUUCUAAAGGAAGAUGAAAAGAGCGAUGAUGCAUCUGUGAGGCAAGCAGUCACUUUCGAUGAACCAUCACCUGUUGAUCCACCAUCACCUGUUGAUCCGCCUGUUCAUGAGACUUCACCCAUUGACCCUUUGAGUCUCUUUGCAGAACAGUUGAGAGCCUCACGAUUGCCUCUACCUGAACCGACUUCAUUUGAUGGCAAUCCCCUCUUGUAUCCAGGUUGGAAACACGCCUUCGACGUUUUAAUUGAUCGCAGUGGCAUCACGCCUAUGGACAGGUUCUUCUACCUUGAAAAGUACCUGAAGGGUCAACCCCUAGAGCUAGUAAAGGGAUAUGCUCUGAUCGACAACGAAACAGCAUAUCAUGAUGCCAGAAAGGCUUUGGAAGAACGGUACGGAAAUUCCUUUGUCAUAGCUAAAGCCUUUCGAGACAAGAUGGAGAGAUGGCCUCGAAUAGCCACAAAGGAUGCACCUGGUUUGAGGAAGUUCUCUGAUUUCCUACGGCAGUGUGUUACAGCAAUGGACAAAAUUCAGAACCUUCAUCAUCUGAAUGACGACUGUGAAAUUCGUAAGAUCCUGACCAAGUUACCUGAAUGGUUAGUUGUACGCUGGUCCAGGAAGGCUUAUCAAUGGGCAGACAGCAAUGGCAGCUUUCCUCCUUUCAAGCUGUUUGCACGUUUCAUCGAGGAGGAGUCAAAGAUUGCUUGUUGUCCCAUCACCUCUGUUUAUGGAUUGAGGGAAACAAGAUACGAGAGAGGAAAGGCAGCAGUAUCAGAAGUCAGAACAUUAGCAACUGAUGCCACUAGCAGUAGGAAUCAGAAAGGAAUGGGUGAUAGAAAGCAGCAAUGGACUGUAUCCUGCUUGGUCUGCAAGAAGCCACACUCCUUGGAAGAGUGCCCUACCUUUUCAGCAUGGGAGAUGGCAGAGAAGAAGAAAUUUAUCGUUGAAAGGGGCUUGUGCUAUGGGUGUCUAAAGGUUGGUCAUCGAUCAAACGAGUGCAAGAAGAGAAGCACUUGUAAGGAGUGUAAAAGGAGACACCCAACAGCACUCCAUGUUAAAGACUGGGUGAGGGUUAACGCUCAACCUUCAAAUCAAGAUACAACCCAAGAUGAAGUGAGGUCAUCAAGCUCACACAUUGCAAGGAAAAGUAAUGGACAAGAAACACUCAAAAGCUCGAUGAUUGUUCCUGUAUGGUUGUCACAUAAGGACAGUGUUGGUGAAACUUUGACAUACGCCCUGCUGGAUACUCAGUCAGAUACAACUUUCCUACUCACAUCCAUUAAGGACGAAAUGGGGCUACAUGGGACUAAGGUCAACUUACAGCUAUCCACGCUAUCCAUGAAGGACCAACGAAUAAACAGUGAACGUGUGUAUGGACUGCGUGUACGCGCACAUGAUGGCAAGGACAAAUUAAUCUUACCACCGACGUACACACGUGACAUCAUGCCGGCUGACCGGACACAUGUACCAACUCCAGAGACUGCUAAGUCCAUUCCUCACCUGCGUGAUCUUAGCAGCAAGCUCAUUCCACUACAAGAUUGUGACAUAGGCCUAUUGUUUGGUUAUGACUGUGCGAGAGCCUUGUUGCCGAGAGAUGUGAUUCCUGCACCAUUCAACAAUGGACCAUAUGGCAUACGAACCGACCUUGGAUGGAGUAUUGUAGGAACAAUACGUAGUGACUACAACCGCAAGAAUGACGACCGUAUUGGCAUCAGUCACCGUUUGAUGACAAGAGAAAUUCCAGAGACAUUGGUGAUAGACAGAAAGGAAGUCUUCCUUUCUGAAAGGGUGACAACCAAGGAAGAGAUCACACCCUUACUAGUGAAGAGUAUAAUGGAAGCUGACUUCACUGAUACAAGUGUAGAAGGGACGGCUUUCUCCCAGAAUGACAUCAAAUUCCUUGACAUCAUGAAUAAAGGAAUACACAUGAGUGAUGGUCACUAUGAGAUGCCGCUUCCUUUUAAGGAUGAAAGACCUCAACUCCCGAACAACAAAGCCCAAGCAUGGUCGAGACUUGUACAUCUGGAGAAGAAGUUCAGACACAACAUAGAAUACCAAAGGAAGUAUACAGAAGUGAUGGAGACGCUUAUCAACAAAGGAUAUGCCGAGACUGCUCCAAUGACUGAUACUGUGGGUGCUACCUGGUACAUACCACAUCAUGGUGUAGUGCAACCCAACAAGUUAAGAGUUGUAUUUGACGGCAGUGCACAAUACAGAAGUCAUUCUUUGAACAGUCACCUACUCACUGGGCCGGACCUCACAAACAAGCUCACCGGGGUGCUAUGUCGAUUUCGACUUGAGAAUAUUGCAUUCAUAUGCGAUAUACAAGAAAUGUUUCAUCAGUUCAAGGUGAACGAAGAAGAUAGAGACUAUCUAAGAUUCCUGUGGUGGAAAGGUGGAAACCUUGAAGAGGAUCCAAGUGUGUACCGCAUGACAGUGCAUCUCUUUGGAGCUGGGUCAUCACCUGGGUGUGCUAACUUUGGGCUGCGACAACUAGCGACAGAUAAUGCCGCUGAAUUUGGAGAGGACGUCAAGAAUUUCAUUCAUAGAGACUUCUACGUUGAUGAUGGACUCAAGUCGAUGUCUACAGCUCAAGAAGUGAUACAAUUGAUCACCAGAACCAGGCUGCUGUGUGAAAAGGGUGGCUUACACAUGCACAAGUUUGUAUCCAACGACAGAGAUGUGCUGAAUUCUGUACCAGAGAAAGACAGAGCCAAGAAUGUGAGAGAAAUCAACAUUCAAAGUGACGACUUACCCAUUGAGAGGGCUCUUGGUGUCCAGUGGUGCGUUGAGUCAGACACAUUCAAUUUCAGACUCACCCUUCAAGAUAAACCUCUCACCCGUCGAGGAGUAUUGUCUACAGUAAUGUCCAUAUAUGACCCAUUGGGUCUGAUAGCUCCAGUCGUCUUGACAGGCAAACGAAUUCUACAGGAGCUAUGCAACUCAUCAAAGGACUGGGAUGACCCUCUUCCUGACCAUUUGAGGGAACGAUGGGAUAGAUGGAGAACUGACUUGCUUAUACUCCCCACCAUAUCAAUCAACAGAUGCUACAAACCAACUGAAUUUGGAGAGGUGAAGUCAGUAGAAUAUCAUCAUUUUGCUGAUGCAAGUACCAGUGGAUAUGGACAGUGUACUUAUCUGAGAGUCACUAAUGCUGAAGGACGAGUUCAUUGCUCCCUCGUCGUUGGAAAGGCUAGAGUAGCACCGCUGAAACUGGUAACAAUUCCCCGUUUAGAAUUGACAGCAGCAGUCAUUGCUGUUAAGGUCAAAACCUUCUUGGAUGCAGAACUACGACUUGAUGAGGCUACGCAUACAUUCUGGACUGACAGCAAUGUAGUUCUUGGGUAUAUCAAGAACUCAGAGAAACGUUUCCAUGUCUUUGUGGCAAACAGAGUUCAUCAGAUUCGACGUCACUCCUCUGCAUCACAAUGGAGACAUGUGGAAUCAAAGGAGAAUCCUGCUGAUGAAGGCUCGAGAGGUCUGCUUGUACCCCAGUUAAGAGAUUCCAAGUGGCUACACGGUCCUGAGUUUCUGUGGAAGGAGACGUUUUCCAAUGAGUCCAAUGAAGGAGAGAUGUUCGACAUAGAAGAUGACGAUCCUGAGUUGAAGAAAUCUCAGGUUCAUACUUCUCAGACCAGUACGGAUAGCCUUGAUUCCAGUAGACUGAAUCGAUUUUCGACUUGGAACAAGGCUAAGAGAGCAGUUGCUAAUUGUUUGCUAUUCAUCUCUUGCCUGAGACAACGUUGCCAUAAGAAACGUACCAGAAGACAGUGCAAACUUUCUGAGGAGAAGAGCAUCAAUCUAGAAUACCUGCAGAAGGCCGAGAUAGAGAUAGUAAGAAUGGUACAGAGGGAAGCCUUUCCAGAUGAAAUCCAGACCCUAACUGCUAUUCAGAGAGGAAAUGACUUGACUAACAGAAAGAAAACUCGUCAGAUGAAAAGAAGCAGUCGACUCCAUCAGCUCGACCCCUUCUUAGAUGACCAGGGAAUCCUGCGAAUUGGAGGACGCAUUCGUAAAUGCGAUGAGCCAUAUGAGAUGAAGCAUCCAGUAAUCCUUCCUCGGAAACAUCACAUGACUGAACUCAUAAUACGUCAUUGUCAUGAGCAGACUGCACACCAAGGAAGGGGUAUGACACUUAACCAGAUCAGGCAAAAUGGAUUCUGGUUAAUUGGAGGUAGCAGUAGAGUGUCAAAGUAUAUACGUUCAUGCGUCAUCUGCAAUAGACUGCGCCGUCCUACUUUGACUCAGAAGAUGUCCGAUCUACCCACUGACAGACUCACACCAGAAUCACCAUUCACAUUUUCUGGAAUGGAUUGUUUUGGACCUUGGUUGAUAAAGGAGGGUAGGAAGGAAUUAAAGAGAUAUGGACUUUUAUUUACAUGCAUGGCAUCCAGAGCUGUGCAUAUUGAAACCCUCAACAGCAUGAACACAGACUCAUUCAUCCAGGCAUAUCGACGUUUCGUAGCCAUUAGAGGUCCAGUACGCCAACUGAGAUGCGACAGAGGCACAAACUUUGUAGGAGCUGCAUCUGAAUUUCAGAGAGCCUGGAAGGAAAUGGACCAUGCCAAGGUCCAGAACAUUCUACUGAAUGAUGGAUGUGACUAUGUUGAGUUCAAAUUCAACGUUCCCUCUGCAAGCCAUAUGGGGGGAGCGUGGGAAAGACUGAUCAGAUCCGUUCGCACUGUGCUGGAUACGUUGCUGCAUCAUUCUGGAAGACAACUAGAUGACGAGUCUCUACGCACUCUGAUGUAUGAAGCAGCUGCAAUUGUCAACAGCAGACCACUGACGACGGACAAUCUGAGUGACCCUAUGUAUCCUGUACCGCUGACCCCGAAUCAUCUCUUAACUAUGAAGACUUGCAUCAUUCUUCCUCCCCCGGGAUGCUUCCAGCGGGUUGACCUGUAUUCCAGGAGACGAUGGAGAAGGGUUCAACAUCUACUCAAUGAAUUCUGGAGCCGUUGGAGGAAAGAGUUCCUUCACAACCUGCAAACGAGACAGAAAUGGACUGUUCCACAACGAAAUCUGAGAGUCGGAGAUGUGGUCGUUGUUAAGGAUAACAAUGCUCCUAGAAACGCAUGGCCAAUGGGUAGGAUUACGGAAACUUAUCCCUCGGAUGAUAAGCAUGUUCGUAAGGUUAAGAUCGCAAUGGGUGAACAGAAACUGAAUGCAGUAGGAAAGCGAACUACCCCAUGUUCUUACCUUGAGCGUCCGAUUCAUAAACUAAUAUUACUUGUCCCACAGGAAGACCAGGAGUAA